CGCGGAGCCGUCAGUCGGCGGCGCGGGGCCCGGCGGGCGCGGGCGCGGCGCUCCUCCCGGUGCGAGCGAGGAGGCGGUGGCCGAGGGCGGGAGCCCAGCCCCGGCGGGAGCGCGCGGUGAGCCGCCCGGCAGCCCUGCGGGGAGGAGGCCGCCGGGCGCUUUGUUCCGUUCAGGGACUGGAGGUGUGGCCGGCGGUGUGGCCCGUUCUGCGCUCGCCGCGCUGCGCUGCACCGGGUUGCACUCGGGCGGCGGCGGGCUCCGGUGGUGCGUGGCCUCUGUCCCUACCACCCGAUCUGGCGUAACGGUGUGCAGCGGAGAAGUCGCUCGUUACUCUGACCCAAGUGGGGAGGGCCUAGCUGCCGCUCAGACAGACUCCUUUGAUUGUAGUCAUCCUGGGGUUCCUCGGCUGCCCGGGUCUGACUACCAGAAACAUGGCGACCAGCGCUGUUCCCAGUGAAAACCUUCCCACAUAUAAACUAGUAGUGGUGGGAGACGGUGGUGUGGGCAAGAGUGCGCUCACUAUUCAGUUUUUCCAGAAGAUCUUUGUGCCUGACUACGACCCCACCAUUGAAGACUCCUACCUGAAGCAUACCGAGAUUGACAAUCAAUGGGCCAUCUUGGAUGUUCUGGACACAGCUGGGCAGGAGGAGUUCAGCGCCAUGCGGGAACAGUACAUGCGCACGGGGGAUGGCUUCCUCAUCGUCUACUCUGUCACUGACAAGGCCAGCUUCGAGCACGUGGACCGCUUCCAUCAGCUCAUUCUGCGUGUCAAGGACAGGGAGUCAUUCCCAAUGAUCCUCGUGGCAAACAAGGUGGAUUUGAUGCACCUAAGGAAAAUCACCAGGGACCAAGGAAAAGAAAUGGCAACCAAAUACAAUAUCCCAUAUAUAGAAACCAGUGCCAAGGACCCGCCUCUCAACGUGGACAAAACCUUCCAUGACCUAGUUAGAGUAAUUAGGCAACAGGUUCCAGAGAAAAACCAGAAGAAGAAAAAGAAGACGAAGUGGCGAGGAGACAGGGCCACCGGCACUCACAAACUGCAGUGUGUCAUCUUGUGACAGCCUGAAGCCCUGGGCAUAGCAACCGUGAAUUGCCAGCCCCUGGGACCAGCCCACUGCCUAACUGCACUGAGAACCAUUUCUAACCACGGCCCUUGGCUCUGGACUGGGCACAGGAAGGGGACGAGGGAGGAGGGGCAGGAGCAGGCAGGGGCUGGCUUUGCUGCCUCUCCCAGGAGACAGGUGACAGCUUCCAAACCCUUCGUGUGUUGAUUGAGCCCAGUUCCCAGUCUCUCGGUGGGCUUUAACUCCACAGGGCUGGUUUGCUGUGGAAGUGCUUAUCCACACACAACGCACCAGACAAGCCAUGAGCAAGCUUCCUCCCUGACCCCAUCCCCAGUGUCUGAGCUCUUGUGUCUUUUGUAGAUUUUUAAAUUAUUUGAGUAAUGAUUAUUUUAUUAGAGAGGUCUGCGCCCAUUGCCUGGCAAAGCCCCAAGUCUUUGGCAGACCUCUGAUAAAUGUCUGGAACAGGGCUGUUGUCUUCUUAACUGAGUGUUCCUAGCAGUGCCAAACUCCAUCCAGGAUGAAAGACAAGAAAUGAAUGGGAUCUUAUCAGAAGCCUGGGGUCAAACCCAGGAAGCAAACAGACCCCAGAGACUGGAAAGAGGGGGUGGAUUUACCUGGAGGGCUUUCACGUGGUUGAAAAUAGCAGAGAUUAGAAAAUAAAACUCCCUUGCCACUACACCCCACCCCCAACCCCACUGAAGUGAGGGCUAGUUGGGACCAGUUCAUCCCUGGAGGGAAUUCCCCCCCCCAUCCCCCCCUCCCACUCCCAGGGAGUGGUGAGGCCAGUGACUGGCUUUGCAAACAUACUCAUUUGCUUUCCAGGCAGUGGGUAAAUUCUGUGUUCAAAUGUGGACAGGGCCCUGGGCUUCUCAAAAGUGUCUCUGUUUGCUCUCAUUCUGUGUGUUGCUGUGCCUCUGACACAAACAUAGGGACCUGUUCAAGGAGGUGAAUGUGACACCAUCCAGAAAGCUCUGAACUGAAAGCACUCGAUACUAUUAUUUGGGAAGCCCCAGGACCUGAAGCCAUUUCCACCCGAGUCAACCAACCAUCUCCUUUCUAAGCCCAGCCAAUGAGCAAACCCCUUCUAGCAUGAGCGGUGUGGCUGCCUUUUGGGACACACUUUCUUUGCUUUCUUAGAUCAAAGGGGAAGAAAGCUGAGCUGAUGACAUGGUCCACACACUUAUUUCAACAGGGACACCUGCCUCUCUGGUGCUGCUAGUAGGGUAGAGAUUGGCUUUUUCCAGCUAAGAUCCGGAUGGAGGGACAGUGAGAACCAAGUGCACGCUGUGAGAGGGUCAGAAUCGGAGGUGGCUGGCAUAGUGAGCUCAUCUCCCAGCACACCUUGCAAAACAGAGGCUCCCCACCAGGUGACUGGGCUACUGUGGAGAAAGAAACUCAUGGAAGGAAAUCCAAGGAAAUUGGACCCGGAGUGGAUGUCCAGCCUGGUGAUUCUUUUCCAAUCUAGAAGGUCCUAAGUUGUUCACACGCAGGGUCGUCAGGACAGAAGGCCUCAUUCAAGGGACAAUUCUGCUACAGAAGGAAAUGACCGACACUUUUGCUAGCUAGAGAUCAAACUUCCUACUUACUAAACUGCCACCCCGCCCCGGUUUUUUUUUUUUUCUGUUCCUGAAAAGGAUGCCAGAGAGCAUGCCAGAUGAGGUAUCUCACCACUUCUCAGAUCCUGUAAUACUUAUGAAUAUUUCCAACACUCAAAGGACCAGGCUUUCUCCAGCCUUGGGCUCCUAAGCCACACCCAUAGCAGUUGCAGCCUGGAGAGAGGACAGAUAGAAGGAAGGUCAGGAUGCUAUACACUCAGGGCAGCAGCCACUGCCAGAGAAGCCAUCUCCUGCCUCCUGCUACCGGCACUCCCCUGCCUCUGUGGACCAGCACCUCCACCUACUGAGUGGGGACUCUCCCCGGAGGCAGAACAGCUGCCUAGACCAAAGCCUGGAGUCACACAGCUAACCAGAAGGGAGGCUCCCAGCACCCCCGCCCCUCUCAGAAGAAGCAGUGCAUUCGGGCCCAUCAUCCAGGGCAUCCGUUCUAAACUGCCCACAUCCUGAACUGACUCCACAGGCAGGUGGACACACUGGCUGACAUCCAGCCAUCUCUGGUUCAGGGCUUUCACCUUCCACAAUCCCAUUCCCCCUGUGUGUGACAUGGGUAGGUGACACCCCGGAAUUAGAAAUGAGCCCUCUGACAGAGUCUCCAGGGAGGCCGAGUAAAAGUAUGCUUGGUGCAUCUCCAUCACCAGCUGACAGGGGACGUCAGGAGACCUGGUUGGCUGUGACACCACAUGACGGAGGACCCUUUGGGUUUGUACUGAGCUGUCAUUCUGAGGUUCCCUCUAGUUUUUCAGGAACUUGUGUUCCCAUCACCCCUGGUGUACCCCUGCAGUCCCCUCACCUCGGCCUCUAUUGUGUGCUGAUUCUCUUCCAUUACUCGGCCUCCUCUUUAUAGGUUCUCCCCCCCACAGCCAUCCCCUCUCCCCCAGUAUAGGGCUAUGUUUGGCUCCCUCCAUCCCAAGCACCUUGCCACAGGGGGAACAUCUGGAUGUUUCCCUUAGGAGCUUCCCAUCUUACCAUUGCUCAUGUUGUGGAGCACCUGAUUGGAUUGGUGUGGCCUGUCCUGCCUGCCAGGAGAUGUGACCCACUGACCAUGCCAGCUCUAACCCCAAAGGCCCUCAGACCCACCACACUAAGUCCAGAGCCACAGAGAGGUCUUUUCUUUUAGCAGCCCACCUGGUUGGAGACUCCACAUUGAGUCGGGUUUACCAAGACUGCCAGAUACUUGAAACCCUUUGCGUGACAGUGUUAGCAGGUGGCUGUCUCGAGGAGUGAGCGUGAUGCCUGGACAUCUUGUUGAUGUUUGAGCCUUUUAUGUACUUUUUAUCAAGUCUUUGUGUAUCUCUACUUAUUAAUAAAGAAACAAACAGAGA